AUGCUAAUAACUUGGCUUAAUAUUGAUUAUACUGUGGGAAGUAGUCUAACAAAGUCAUCACAAAAGACUAUUCUCCAUAAUAUUAGCGGUUGUAUUGAAUUAAAAACUAUUAACGGACUGAUCGGCGCCAGUGGUUCGGGUAAAACAAAUCUAUUGAAAUGUCUAAACGGUUUUCAACAAAAAGGACUGUCCAGUAGAUCGACAAUAGUCUAUAACAAAAAUAUUGUAGAUUUUAAAUCAUGUUUUAUAAGUCAAUUUCAAAGCAAUUGUUUACAUCAAUUAUUGACUGUUAACCAGUCGUUAAUAUAUUCAUCAAAAUUGAAAAACAGUUGUCAUAGUCAACAAAUUGAUCACCAAAAUAAUGUGGAUCUCCUUAUAGAACAGUUUCUAUUAAAUGAUAUCAAGAAUAGCAUUGUCGGCACCUGUAGUGGAGGUGAACUCAAACGACUGUCCAUUGCUAUUGAGCUGACAGCUCAUAGUAAGCCUUAUUUACUAUGUAUUGAUGAACCGACUACUGGUUUGGACAGUAAUGCGGCACAAUUGGUAAUGAAUUGCUUAUAUAACUUAACUCUUAAUCAUAACAUGUCAAUACUGACAUCAAUACAUCAGCCAAAUACUGAUAUCUUCGACAUGUUUGAUAGCAUACAUGUGCUGUCAAAAGGAUUUGUUAUAUUUACGGGCAAACCUCAGGAGCUGAAAGACUUUAUGUCAGAGUCAAACAUAACAUGUGAUACCAAUGAAUCUCCAAUUGAAGUAUUGCUUAAAGUAUCGGCAAAUGAUAAUAAUAAUGAUAGCCGUAUAAAACAUAUGAUUGAUAAGACAUCUGAGUUAAAUACACACCGAUUUAUGGCCGAAACAAAUAAUAUUUAUUAUCUGAUCGCCAGAAGAAUUCGCAUUCAAUAUAUAAUCCAAUGGAAGACACUUUUAGCCGAAACAGUGUUUCACAUAAUGUUUGCCACAAUUGUAAUGUUUGCCAUCAAUGAUGAUAAUUGGCUCAAAAGUUUGACAACUAUUAUCGCUACUUAUAUUAUACACUGA